CCCCCUCCGGCCGGCCCCGCCCCGCCCCGCCGCCCGCCAUGUCGCUGCGCUUCUCGGCUAACCUGUCCUGGCUCUUCCCGGAGCUCCCGGCCCUCCCGGCGCGGCUGCAGGCGGCGGCCGCCGCCGGGUUCGGGGCGGCGGAGGCGGCCUGGCCGGCGGGGUGCCCGGCCCAGGCGCUGCGGGCCGCGGCGGAGCGGGCGGGGGUGCGGAUCGUCCUCCUCAACACCCCUCCCGGGGACCAGGAGGCGGGUGAGAUGGGGCUGGCGGCCGUGCCCGGGCGCCAGGCCGCCUUCCGGCAGGGCCUGGCCGCGGCCGCGCAGUACGCCCGGGCGGUGGGCUGCCCCAGGAUCCACCUGAUGGCUGGGCGGGUUCCCCUGGGCGCCGACCGGGCAGCAGUGGCAGGCGAGAUGGAAACCACCUUUAUUGAGAAUCUCAGAUAUGCUGCUGACCUCCUAGCUCAGGAAGACAUGAUUGGACUGGUGGAGCCUAUUAACAACCGCAUCACUGACCCUCGCUACUUUCUGAACACCCCGCACCAAGCUGCUACCAUCCUGGAGAAAGUGGGACGGCCCAACCUGAAGCUGCAGCUGGACCUCUUUCACUGCCAAAUCAUGGAUGGGAAUUUGUCACGCAACCUGGAGACGUACUUCCCACUCAUUGGUCAUAUCCAGGUCGCACAGGUGCCAGGGCGGCACGAGCCUGACAGCCCUGGGGAGUUGAACUUUCCCUACAUCUUUGAGCUCCUGGAGUCCCUUGGCUACACUGGCUACGUGGGGUGCGAGUAUGCUCCAAAAGGAGGCACUCUGGAAGGUCUGGGCUGGCUCCACUCGUACUGGGAGAGCCGAGGCCUGCAGCAUGCUGGGACCAGCAAAGCGGCAGAGUAAGGAAAACACUGGAAUAAAAGUCAAAGCAAUGGCUUAACAGA